ACGUUUUCAUUCGACGCAGUUCAGUCGGCCAAGCAAGUUGUCUCUCAUAACCAAACGGCUUCAACAUGACAGGACGCGGUAAAGGAGGAAAGGGUCUCGGAAAAGGAGGAGCGAAGCGUCAUCGUAAAGUGCUCCGGGACAACAUCCAAGGAAUCACGAAACCGGCCAUUCGUCGUUUAGCCCGUCGUGGUGGAGUGAAACGUAUCUCUGGUCUGAUCUACGAGGAGACCCGCGGCGUGUUGAAGGUGUUUUUAGAAAACGUAAUUCGUGAUGCCGUCACCUACACCGAACACGCCAAGAGAAAGACCGUGACCGCAAUGGACGUCGUGUACGCUUUGAAACGACAAGGACGAACCCUGUACGGUUUCGGAGGAUAAUUUGUCUUUGCCGCAUGAUAUAAUAAUUUAACGAACUACCAUUAAAAAGGCCCUUUUCAGGGCCACCAAAUCCCCUAUAUUAUUAUUAAAUAUAAUAGAGAGAUGUAUUAGCUUGCGCGGUGACAUUUAGACUGGUAAAUAUCAACUGGUCGUUCUUCGUACGGCGUUCUUAUGAAUACACAAUUUGUUUGCAGUGAAUUUUAGAUCGAUCGGUUGUUGUUGCUCAUUGACUUUAAACAUAGUCAAGUCCUAUUAAA